GGGUUUCCGAGCCACCUAUCCUCAUUUCUUCUCAGUAACCCUUUGUCUGGAGACUGAGAAGUGAUAAGAGCCGCACCCUCCUGCAGCCGCCCUCCUCUUCUCUCGGUGGUGUAACACCUCCGUACUGAAACUUUGUGUUUGUGAUAUUUAGAGAGCAGUCAAGAUGGUCAAGUUUACAGUUGAGGAGCUUCGUAGGAUUAUGGACUACAAGCAUAACAUUCGUAAUAUGUCAGUUAUUGCUCAUGUUGAUCAUGGAAAGUCAACCCUCACAGAUUCUUUAGUGGCUGCUGCUGGUAUUAUUGCUCAAGAAGUUGCUGGUGAUGUUCGGAUGACAGAUACCCGCCAGGAUGAAGCUGAGCGUGGUAUCACAAUUAAGUCUACUGGUAUCUCUCUCUACUAUGAGAUGAGUGAUGAGUCUCUCAAGAACUACAGGGGAGAGAGGCAAGGGAACGAAUACCUUAUCAAUCUUAUUGAUUCCCCUGGGCACGUGGACUUCUCAUCUGAGGUUACUGCUGCUCUUCGUAUUACUGAUGGUGCACUUGUGGUUGUGGAUUGUGUUGAGGGUGUUUGUGUCCAGACCGAAACUGUUCUGCGGCAGGCCCUGGGUGAAAGGAUCCGUCCUGUCUUAACUGUCAAUAAGAUGGACAGGUGCUUCCUUGAGCUUCAGGUUGAUGGAGAGGAGGCUUACCAGACAUUCUCAAGGGUUAUUGAGAAUGCAAAUGUUAUCAUGGCUACUUAUGAAGAUCCACUUCUUGGUGAUGUUCAAGUUUACCCUGAAAAGGGAACAGUUGCGUUCUCUGCUGGUUUGCAUGGUUGGGCAUUUACUCUAACCAACUUUGCCAAAAUGUAUGCUUCCAAAUUUGGAGUUGAUGAGUCUAAGAUGAUGGAAAGGCUUUGGGGUGAGAAUUUCUUUGACCCUAGUACCAGAAAAUGGACCACCAAGAACACUGGUGCUCCCAACUGCAAGCGUGGUUUUGUUCAGUUCUGUUAUGAACCCAUCAAGCAGAUCAUCAACACUUGUAUGAACGAUCAGAAGGAUAAACUGUGGCCUAUGUUGCAGAAGCUUGGUGUGACCAUGAAGUCUGACGAGAAGGAUUUGAUGGGAAAGGCACUGAUGAAGCGUGUGAUGCAGACAUGGCUCCCAGCAAGUACUGCCCUCCUAGAAAUGAUGAUUUUCCACCUUCCCUCACCUUCCACGGCUCAAAAAUACCGUGUAGAGAACUUGUAUGAGGGACCCUUGGAUGAUAUCUAUGCCACUGCUAUUAGAAACUGUGAUCCUGAAGGCCCUCUCAUGCUCUAUGUCUCAAAGAUGAUUCCUGCUUCUGACAAAGGCAGAUUCUUUGCUUUUGGACGUGUUUUCUCUGGCAAGGUUUCAACUGGUUUGAAGGUAAGAAUCAUGGGUCCAAACUAUGUCCCUGGUGAGAAGAAGGAUCUGUAUGUCAAGAGUGUGCAGAGAACUGUUAUUUGGAUGGGAAAGAGGCAGGAAACUGUUGAGGAUGUGCCCUGUGGAAACACUGUAGCUAUGGUUGGUUUGGAUCAGUUCAUCACUAAGAAUGCUACAUUGACCAAUGAGAAGGAGUCUGAUGCCCAUCCAAUCAGAGCAAUGAAGUUCUCUGUCUCACCUGUUGUUCGUGUUGCAGUGCAGUGCAAAGUUGCAUCUGACCUUCCUAAACUUGUUGAAGGUUUGAAGCGUUUGGCAAAGUCAGAUCCUAUGGUGGUCUGUAGUAUUGAGGAAUCUGGGGAGCACAUCAUUGCUGGUGCUGGUGAACUCCACCUGGAGAUCUGUUUGAAGGAUCUGCAGGAUGAUUUCAUGGGUGGUGCUGAGAUUGUUAAGUCUGACCCUGUUGUGUCCUUCCGUGAGACUGUUCUUGAGAAGUCUUGCAGAACUGUGAUGAGCAAGUCCCCUAACAAGCACAACCGUCUCUACAUGGAGGCCCGACCUUUGGAGGAAGGUCUUGCAGAGGCCAUUGACGAUGGUCGUGUUGGUCCAAGGGAUGAUCCCAAAGCUCGUUCCAAGAUCUUGUCUGAGGAGUUUGGUUGGGACAAGGAUCUUGCAAAGAAAAUCUGGUGUUUUGGACCUGAGACCACUGGCCCUAACAUGGUGGUUGAUAUGUGUAAGGGAGUUCAGUAUCUUAAUGAAAUUAAGGAUUCUGUUGUUGCUGGGUUCCAGUGGGCAUCAAAGGAAGGUGCAUUGGCUGAAGAAAACAUGAGGGGUAUUUGCUUUGAAGUCUGUGAUGUGGUCCUCCAUGCUGAUGCAAUUCACAGAGGUGGUGGUCAAGUCAUUCCCACUGCUAGGAGGGUCAUCUAUGCUUCCCAGCUGACAGCUAAACCCCGACUCCUUGAGCCAGUCUACUUGGUGGAGAUCCAAGCCCCAGAGCAGGCACUUGGUGGAAUCUAUAGUGUUCUGAAUCAAAAGCGUGGGCAUGUAUUCGAGGAAAUGCAGAGGCCGGGUACCCCACUCUACAACAUCAAGGCAUACCUCCCUGUCGUCGAAUCCUUUGGAUUUUCUGGCACUUUGAGAGCUGCAACCUCAGGACAGGCGUUCCCACAGUGUGUGUUUGAUCACUGGGACGUAAUGUCAGCUGACCCGCUUGAAGCUGGUUCAACUGCUGCCCAACUUGUAGCAGAUAUCCGAAAAAGGAAGGGCUUGAAGGAGCAGAUGACCCCGCUAUCUGAGUUCGAGGACAAGCUAUAAGUGGUCCGUGAUCAUUGUCAAAUAAAGCAAAAGAGGACCAUAUUGGUGGAAUGUGACGAUGAUACUCAAGGUAAGGGUGAUUUGAGCAUAAUUUUGUUUUCAUUAAUAUUUUUACCGUGGAGUAGUAGUACUUUAGUGGUGUUGAAGUUGUAACGGGGGAUGUUUCCCGUUUUUUCAAAUUAUGUUUUCAAUUUAGUCAUGGUCGACAAGAACAGCAAAGUUAAUGUUAUCUCGUCUAUAUGGUUUUGUCGUGGAACUAUUUCAACCAACAUUGGUUUGGAGAGAUGAUACUAUUUUUUUUUUCUUAAACCAUGGUUGAAUGUUUUUCUAUUUGAUUGGAUUCUA